AUGCUAGAAUCAACUUGGUUAAGAUUUGCGGUACAAAAGCGUGCAUACUCUGUUAGGUACAAGCAAUGGCGAUCUAUGAACAUUAAGCAAAAACAGGGCUUUAUUAAUGGCCUAGUUGCCACAUAUGCAGAGCAGUACCCUGGUUCUAAGUCGAAUGUGUCUUUUAAAAGUCUCAAGCAAGAUAUGGAAUUUUAUGGUGACGCUCCGGCCGUUUUUGGAGUGAUCUACGAUAGCAUAUGGGAACUACAGAAAGUGAAGCAGAAGUUGAUACAUUCUAACGAUGAUGGACAUAAAUGGGUUACUGACAAUAUAAUAGAGCAUGGUCGUUUUGCUCAUCAUAGAUUUCAGGAACUGUUGGUUGAGGAAGACAAGAAUGAAUCUUAA